AGACGGAGGGAGGGAGGGAGGAAGGGAGGGAUGGCAAAACCCCAAACCUUCAAACACACCCAAUUGACCCAUCUCAUCUCAGCGUGAAACUUGGCGAGUUACACCCACUCCGGAGCAGAAGGGGAAUGAAAUGCUGGCGCUUCCUCCUUUCUGUUAGCGGCAGCCGGGGCUCGGGAAGCGCAGGAGGCAGAGAUGUUUGUGCUGCUGAUGAUGAGCGACCGUGACGCCAUGGGGAACGCGGAGAGCCAGAGCGUGGAGCACGCCUUCUACGGGGACAAGCAGCCGGGGCUGGGCCGCAAGCACACGUCGCGCUCGCUGCGCCUCUCGGGCAAGGCCUCGCGCCGCACGCGCCACGCCUCCUCGGGCAAGGCCAUCCACCGCAGCUCCGAGGUGAGCACGCGCUCCUCCAGCACGCCCAGCAUCCCGCAGUCGCUGGCCGAGAACGGCCUGGAGCCCUUCGCCGCCGAGGCCGGCCUGGAGGACUUCGGCAGCGCCAUGUGGGUGGAGCGCGUGGACGUGGGCCUGCGGCCCGUGUCCUACCACACGGACUCGUCGGUGACGCCCAGCGUGGACAGCAGCACGGCGCUGACGGCCGCCUCCGUGCACAGCAUGCCCGGCUCGGAGGAGAGCCGGCUCUACGGGGACGAGCCGCCCUUCCUGGCCGAGGGCGACGGGCGCGCGCCGCGCUACGCGGCCAACGGCGGGCCGGCCCUGGCCGCCUGCCAGCGGGCCAACUCCAUGAGCGACCUGUACUCCCCCAAGAGCCCCGGCGCCGCCGUCAACGGGGGCCCGCGGAACGCCUUGGGGGGGUACUGCCGCAGCCUGGCGGCCGACGUGGCGCAGCUCGGCGGCCAUAAGGUGGCAUCGGGCAGCGCCGAGGACGCGCCGUCCUCCUACAGCAACUACAACACGCUGCCCUGCAGGAAGUCCCACUGCCUUUCCGAGGGGGCCGCCAACCCCCAGAUGAGCCAUAGCAGCAGCAUGCAAGGCAGAAGGGCCAAAACCACCCAGGACGUCAACGCGGGCGAGGGCAGCGAGUUCACGGACAGCGGCAUCGAGGGCGCGGCCACGGACACGGAGCUGCUGUCGCGGCGCUCCAACGCCACCACGGCCAGCUACUCGCCGCCCGCCGGCCGCGCCUUCGGGGGCAGCGACAGCGGCAGCAGCUCGGCCGGCGAUGGGCUGCGCCAGGGCGUCUACGAGAACUUCCGCCGCGAGCUGGAGAUGAGCACGGCCAACAGCGAGCACCUGGAGGAGGCGGGCUCGGCGCUGAGCGACGAGCAGAGCAGCGGCACCCUCAGCUCCCCCGGGCAGUCCGACAUCCUGCUGAGCGCCGCGCAGGGCACCGUGCGCAAGGCCGGCGCCCUGGCCGUCAAAAACUUCCUGGUGCACAAGAAGAACAAGAAGGUGGAGUCGGCCACGCGCAGGAAGUGGAAGCACUACUGGGUGUCCCUGAAAGGCUGCACCUUGUUCUUCUACGAGACUGAUGGCAGGUCUGGCAUUGACCACAACAGCAUCCCCAAGCACGCUGUCUGGGUGGAGAACAGCAUCGUGCAAGCCGUGCCUGAGCACCCCAAGAAGGACUUUGUCUUCUGCCUCAGCAACUCCCUUGGGGACGCCUUCCUCUUCCAGACGUGCAGCCAGACGGAGCUGGAGAACUGGAUCACGGCCAUCCACUCGGCCUGCGCCACCGCCGUGGCACGGCAGCACCACAAGGAGGACACGGUCAAGCUGCUCAAAACCGAGAUCAAAAAGCUGGAGCAGAAGAUCGACAUGGACGAGAAGAUGAAGAAAAUGGGAGAAAUGCAGCUCUCCUCUGUCACAGACUCCAAGAAGAAGAAGACCAUACUGGAUCAGAUCUUCGUGUGGGAGCAGAACCUGGAGCAGUUCCAGAUGGACCUGUUCCGGUACCGCUGCUACCUGGCCAGCCUGCAGGGCGGGGAGCUGCCCAACCCCAAGCGGCUGCUGGCCUUCGCCAGCCGCCCCACCAAGGUGGCCAUGGGCCGCCUGGGCAUCUUCUCCGUGUCCUCCUUCCACGCGCUGGUGGCGGCUCGCACGGGGGAGUCGGGAGUGAGGAGAAGGACCCAGGCCAUGUCCAGGUCUGCCAGCAAGCGGAGGAGCAGGUUCUCUUCUCUCUGGGGGCUGGACACCACCUCCAAGAAGAAGCAAGGGAGGCCCAGCAUUAACCAGGUGUUUGGAGAAGGAGUCGAUUCAGUGAAGAAAUCUCUCGAAGGGAUCUUUGAUGACACGGUCCCGGAUGGCAAGAGGGAGAAGGAAGUGGCCCUGAGCAGUGUCCACCAGCACAACCCCGACUGUGACAUUUGGGUGCACGAGUACUUCACGCCCUCGUGGUUCUGCCUGCCCAACAACCAGCCUGCCCUGACAGUCAUCCGGCCUGGGGACACCUCCCGGGACGUGCUGGAAAUGAUCUGCAAGACACACCAGCUGGACUGCUCUGCUCACUACCUGCGCCUGAAGUUCCUCGUGGAGAACCAGAUCCAGUUCUAUGUGCCAAAGCCAGAGGAGGAGAUCUAUGAGCUGCUGUACAAGGAAAUCGAAAUCUGUCAGAAGAUCACCCGGCACAUUCAGAUGGAGAAGUCUGAUGCAUCCUCUGAUAUUUAUGGUUUCUCUCUGUCCUCCGUGGAAGAGGAGGGGAUUCGCCGGCUCUACGUCAACGGCGUCAAGGAGACGGGCCUGGCUUUCAAGCAAGGCCUGAAAGCCGGCGACGAGGUGCUGGAGCUGAACGGGCGCGCGGCGGAGGAGCUGGACUGGGCGCUGCUGAAGGAGGCGCUGGCGCGGGCGGCGCUGGGCCUGGCCGUGCGCACCCCCGUGUUGCUCUCGGCAGGGCACUCCCUCUGCAGUGACCCCGACAGCUCGGCCGAGGCAGCCCCGGAGGAGGUGGAAGCGCAGGACCUGGAGUCGUCGGACGAGGCCGAGAAGAUGAGCAAGAGCACCGAGCAGGUCGCAGCUUUCUGCCGCAGUCUGCAUGAAAUGAACCCCUCUGACUGCAGUGCUCCCCCCCAGGACUGUGCAGGGCCCCAGCUGAGCACCAUGAGGCAGCUCACGGACGCAGACAAGCUGAGGAAAGUCAUCUGUGAGCUGCUGGAGACCGAGCGCACCUACGUCAAGGACCUAAAUUGUCUGAUGGAGAGAUACUUGAAGCCUCUACAAAAAGAAACCUUCCUCACACCAGAUGAGCUGGAUGUUCUCUUUGGGAAUCUGACUGAAAUGGUAGCAUUCCAGGUAGAGUUCUUGAAAACUCUGGAAGAUGGAGUAAGGCUGGUUCCAGACCUGGAAAAGCUUGAAAAAGUUGAGCAAUUUAAGAAAGUGUUGUUCUCCCUGGGCGGAUCCUUCCUGUACUACGCCGACAGGUUCAAGCUGUACAGUGCCUUCUGUGCCAGCCACACAAAAGUCCCCAAAGUCCUGGUGAAAGCCAAGACAGACACUGCUUUCAAGGCGUUCCUGGACGCCCAGAACCCGCGCCGGCAGCACUCCUCCACGCUGGAGUCUUACCUCAUCAAACCCAUCCAGAGGAUACUCAAAUACCCCCUCCUGCUCAAGGAGCUCUUUGCUCUCACUGACGUGGACAGUGAAGAGCAUUAUCACCUUGAUGUGGCCAUCAAAACAAUGAACAAAGUUGCCAGCCACAUUAAUGAAAUGCAGAAAAUCCAUGAAGAAUAUGGAGCAGUGUUUGACCAGCUCAUAGCAGAACAAACAGGGGAGAAAAAAGAGGUGGCCGACCUUUCCAUGGGGGACUUGCUGCUGCAUAACACAGUGAUAUGGCUGAACCCUCCUGCUUCCCUGGGCAAGUGGAAGAAGGAACCUGAGCUGGCAGCGUUCGUGUUCAAAACUGCUGUGGUCCUCGUGUACAAGGAUGGUUCCAAACAGAAGAAGAAACUCGGAGGAUCGCACAGAGCCUCCAUUUAUGAGGACUGGGAUCCGUUCCGCUUCCGCCACAUGAUCCCUCUGGAGGCGCUGCAGGUGCGGGCCCUGGCCAGUGCAGACGCAGAGACCAAUUCUGUGUGUGAGAUUGUCCAUGUCAAAUCUGAGUCUGAGGGCAGGCCAGAAAGGACGUUUCACCUCUGCUGUAGCUCUCCAGAACACAGGAAGGACUUUCUGAAAGCAGUGCACUCCAUCCUGCGGGACAAACACAGAAGACAGCUCCUUAAAACUGAAAGUUUGCCCUCAUCCCAGCAAUAUGUUCCUUUUGGUGGAAAAAGAUUGUGUGCUCUAAAGGGUGCAAGGCCAGCCAUGAACAGGGCAGUGUCAGCCCCCAGCAAGUCUCUGGGCAGGAGGAGGCGGCGGCUGGCCCGGAACAGGUUUACCAUCGACUCGGAGGCCGUCCACGGCAGCAGCCCCGAGAAGGAGCCCGCGCAGGGAGGGGACACGGACCGCUGGGUCGAGGAGCAGUUCGACCUGGCGCGGUACGAGGAGCAGGACGACGUCAAGGAGACCGACAUCCUGAGCGACGACGACGACUUCUGCGAGGCGGCGCGCGGGGCGCAGCGCGAGCUGCGGGAGCGGGGGGAGAAUAUAGAGAAGAAGAAAUGGAAGAAGAAUGAAGGAAGAAUUGACGAAGAAAUUGCCAGGAAGCUGCUGCAGACUGAUGCAUUCAUGCAAUAA